CUCACAGCAGACGUUUUCAUUGGUCACUUCACAGACUGUGUAAGGAGCUGAACUUUGUACAACUAUGACACUGUGCGGCUGUGCAGAGAAAGAAGUUAAACCUUCUCGCAAAGUAACAACGAUCCAAGUGCCUCAUACGGGAGCACAAUGGAUGAUCCAUUUGAUUAUGAACCAAUAGAAGACUUUAAAGAGGAGCUGCUAACCAAUGGACCUGCUGCAGCAGCUGCAAAGAUCCAGGAUUAUUUGGAUCAGCAGGAUAAUAUUCCACUAAAUAUUGGCAUCACAGGAGAGUCUGGCUCUGGUAAAUCCACCUUUGUCAAUGCCUUCAGAGGCAUAGACAACAGGGAUGAGAGAGCCGCCCCUACUGGUUGUGUAGAAACCACCACAGAGGCUACACCAUACCCCCAUCCCAACUAUCCCAAUGUCACACUGUGGGAUCUUCCUGGUAUUGGCACCCCCAACUUUUCAGCUAGCAACUACCUGGAGCGUGUUGAAUUUGAAAAGUUUGACUUCUUCAUCAUCAUCUCAGCUGAUCGCUUCAAAGAAAAUGAUGUGAAGCUCGCUAAGGAGAUUCAGAGGAUGCAGAAAAAGUUCUACUUUGUUCGUUCAAAGAUUGACCAUAACUUACGUGAUGAGGAAGACAGUCAGAGGGACUUCAACGCAGAAAGGACUCUUAAACAAAUCAGGGACAACUGCAUUCAAGGUCUUGAAAAACAAGGCUUCGAGUCUCCUCAAGUCUUCCUGGUGUCCAGCCGUCAUCUCCACCUCUAUGAUUUCCAUCUGUUAGAGGAGACCCUCGAGAGAGAACUUCCUGCACACAAGAGGAACACUCUGCUGUUGGCCAUGCCUAAUAUCAGUCAUGGUAUCAUCAGCAAGAAGAAAGAGGCUUUACAGGCAAAAAUAAAGUACCUUGCCUCUAUAUCUGCACUCAUAGCAGCUGCACCAGUUCCUGGGCUCUCUGCUGCCACUGAUAUAGCCAUGCUGGUUGCUACCAUCAAUGAGUACAAAGUUACAUUUGGUCUUGAUAGCAAGUCACUGCAGAGUCUUGCUCGUAGUGCACGCGUGCCUUUGGAUGAUCUUAGAUCAGUGAUGACAUCACAACUGGGUUUAAAGGAAAUAAACAAAGAGCUUAUCAUUAAGAUGUUGUGCUUGUCUGUAAGUGAUGCUGCAUUAAUGGCAGCAGAGGAAGGGUUCAGAUUUGUUCCAUUAUUUGGAAUCCCAGCAGCAGCAUCCCUCUCUUUUAUCUUUACCUACAAAGCUCUUAAUACUUUCCUCGACAUGCUCGCUGAGGAUGCACAGAAGGUGUUUACAAAGGCCCUGGGUCUGAACACCUCAGUGUGAUAUCAUGAGCUGAAUGGAAGUGUGGCACAUUUAAAACUAAAUUCUAGUUUUCUAAUGUAGCGGCACAUUACAUCAAACACUUUGAGCAAAUCAGAAAAUGUGAUGGUGUCUUUCAAAAUACUAUAUUUUUUUUCUAAGUGAAAUAAAUGUUUGAGUGAUCAAAUAAAAUGUUCAUUAAAA